AGUUGUCAAGGAGAGGGGCGCCAUGUUGGUACUCCAGCUGAGGCCGCUUUUCUCCGAAGACAGAGGAGUAGGCGGGGAGAGGAGUUAGCUCCGCCCCCGCCGCUGCUGCAGUGUGUGUCAGAGCCGGGAGCUUCAAUGAGGAGGAAGCAGUGAAUGGAGAUGCGGCAGCGGGGACUGUAGGCCCGAGGAGCGUCCAUCCCUGUCUUGUCCGGUCCCGGCUACCAGGUCUACAGGCGCGAGCUGCCGCACCUCGCUCCGGUCGGACUUGAAAUUCUCGGAAGUGCGUGAAGAGCCUCUCAUCUGUUGGUUGGGAGCCGAGAUAUUAACUACAACACUGGGAGAAGGUUUGGCUGGCAUGGGUAAUCUGAUUAAGGUGCUAACCAGAGACUUAGACCACAAUGCCGCUCAUUUUUUCUUGGAUUUUGAAAAUGCUCAACCUACAGAAGCCGAGAAAGAUAUUUAUAAUCAGGUGAAUGUAGUAUUAAAGGACGCGGAAGGAAUCCUGGAUGAUUUACAGUCGUACCGAGGAGCAGGGCUGGAGAUCAGAGAGGCAAUACAGCAUGCUACUGAUGAAAAAUUACAAGAGAAAGCCUGGGGAGCAGUGGUCCCGUUAGUUGGAAAACUAAAAAAGUUUUAUGAAUUUUCUCAAAGAUUAGAAGCGGCAUUGCGUGGGCUCCUCGGGGCACUCACUAGUACUCCCUACUCCCCAACACAGCACCUAGAGCGAGAGCAGGCUCUUGCCAAACAGUUUGCCGAAAUCCUUCACUUUACUCUCCGUUUUGAUGAGCUUAAGAUGACAAAUCCUGCUAUACAGAAUGAUUUCAGCUAUUACAGAAGAACCUUGAGCCGUAUGAGGAUUAACAAUGUCCCAGCAGAGGGAGAAAACGAAGUAAAUAAUGAACUGGCCAAUAGAAUGUCGCUAUUCUACGCCGAGGCCACGCCAAUGCUGAAAACCUUAAGUGACGCCACAACAAAGUUUGUAUCAGAGAACAAGAACUUACCUAUAGAAAAUACCACUGAUUGUCUAAGCACCAUGGCCAGUGUGUGUCGGGUAAUGCUGGAAACACCGGAAUACAGGAGUCGGUUUACAAACGAAGAGACCGUGUCGUUUUGUCUGAGAGUGAUGGUGGGAGUCAUCAUCCUGUACGACCAUGUGCAUCCCGUGGGAGCCUUCGCCAAAAUGUCAAAGAUUGAUAUGAAAGGCUGCAUUAAGGUUCUCAAAGAACAGCCCCCCAACAGUGUAGAAGGUCUUCUCAACGCUCUCAGGUACACAACAAAACAUUUGAAUGAUGAAACUACCUCGAAGCAAAUCAAGGCAAUGCUGCAAUAACAGAGGCGUCGGUGCAUAUCUGCUGUGGACACGAGACAGUAUUCUGCAAUGACUGAGAUGUACGGGAUUUUAGUGAUUGCAAUGACCAUUUCUGUCCAGCUUCCCUCUUAUGAUUUUCUUCCCUCCGGAUCUCUCUCACUUGCCCUUUUCCUUCUUUUUUUUUUUUUUCUUUCCUUUUUUUUAACCGUGUUCUUGUUCUUAAAUAAGCUCUGACGUCUGUUUAUUUUUUGUGCCAAAAUCUGUGGGAUUCAGACCUGGGAAGGUAGUGUGUUAAAAAAAAAAAUUAAAAAAAAAAUUUAAAAAAAUGUUUUUUCAAAAUGGCCGUUUCAGUGGCAGCUAUUUAUGCAUUGCGUUAGAAUUUUAUUUUUAUUUUUUCCUUCCAAGUUGGGGAGGGAGAAAUUCUGUGACUUGAACUAAAUAUUUUUAGACUUUAUUUUAUUUUAUUUUUUUCCCCCCAUCAGAAAAUAACCUAAUAUUUAAUAUUGCUUAAACUGCAUGGCGGAACUGCCUAUUUCUGCUGUCGAAAACAAAAACUUAACAAAAAAAAAAAAAAACUAUAUGUGAAAAAAAAAACAACCAGAAUUUGUUUCUAUUGCAGCUUUUUUUUUUUCCAUGUGCAGCCAAGAAAAGAAAUGAGCAGAGAUGUUUAAAUUAAUUGUUGUAAAAAAAAUAAAAUAAAAAAAUAUUGGUACCCAGCACAAUGAUUUUUUGGAAUUAGAAAAAAAAAAAAAAAAAAUACAAAAGAAAAUGUUUUUAGGUUGCAUUUUGACUCAUUUUUGUAAGGAUGUAUGUUGUAUGUUUAAUCUUUUGAUGACUAACCUAACAUAAUGUGAUGUGUGCGUAACAGAAUUACGUAUGCAUGUUUAUGUCCAAUGGAUGGCUGUUAAAUAAUAAAAGUUAGCUUUCAUUUUUCUAA